AUGGAAUCGUAACCUAUUUAGAGGAAAAAUACAACAGGAUCAUAGAUCUACCUUAUAAGACACGGAGAAAGAGCUGAUUAGGUAGAAAAUAAUAAUAAAUUGAUAGAGUUCGACCAUGAUACUCCUUUAACUGACAAUGGUUUUAUUUAAGCUUAAAAGACUGGUCUAUACUUGAGAAGUAUAAUAGCAAAAGAGUAAGAAGAGAACAGACCAUUUGACUAAAUAAUCAUUGAAUCUUCUCCAUUCUUAAGAUGCUUGCAAACAGCUUAAGGAAUAGCUUCCUAAAUAGAUAUUUGUGAUAUAAAAGUUAACUUAGGCUAUAGAGAAUGGCUGUCUUAGUAAUUAUUCGAAUAUAAUCCUAUGGGGCAUUUGUUUAUAGACCAAAAGAGUAAAGCAGAAUUAUCCAAUGAAUUCAAGGGACUUAAUAUAAUCAUUCCAGAGGAUUAUUUAGCCGACAAAGAUAGAGCAAUAGUACUAAUGAAGUUUCCAGAAGCAAUGAGUUAGGCGAGAGAAAGAUGUAUAGAUCAAACUGAGAUCCUCAUAGAAUAAUACAGAUAAGAUACUGAAUAAAGAAUCAUGCAUAUUAUCAUCAGCCAUGGACCUUUAGUUUAAGAAUUUGGAUUAUAUAAUGGAGGAAAGAAUAACUGGUAUCUAUACUGCCAGGUCUCAGCUAUUGAAUUAUGUAAUGAUGGGAAUGGGAGAAAACUUUUAUACGAUAACGAAAUAUUUUAUGAAGAAAAUGAAAUAGUUGCAGACGAACAAGAUCCUAUUAAGGUAUUAGAAGAACCUGAUUCUGAAAAUAAUAUUCGUGAUAUGGAUGAAGAUUUCGCUUGA